AUGGCUCCCCAGCUCGACGCGUACUUCAAGCAGGUGGACAGCUCCGCCGACGCCUUUAUUGAGCGUCUGCGCAAGGCCGUCGCCAUCCCCUCUAUCUCUGCAGAUGAGGCUCGCCGCCCCGAUGUCGUCCGCAUGGGCCACUGGCUCCACGACGAGCUCAAGUCCCUCGGUGCCGAGGCUGAGCUUCGUCCUCUGGGCAAGCAGCCACACAAGGAGCACCUGGAUCUUCCGCCUGUCGUCCUCGCCCGCUACGGAAGCGACAAGAACAAGCGCACCAUCCUCGUGUACGGCCACUACGACGUCCAGCCUGCCGAGAAGGCAGAUGGCUGGGCUACCGAGCCCUUUGACCUGACCGUCGACGACAAGGGGCGUAUGUAUGGCCGUGGCUCGACAGAUGACAAGGGCCCCGUCCUGGGCUGGCUGAAUGCCAUCGAGGCGCACCAAAAGUCGGGCACUGAUUUCCCCGUCAACCUGCUCAUGUGUUUCGAGGGUAUGGAGGAGUAUGGCUCAGAGGGACUUGACGACUUCAUCAAGGCCGAGGCCAAGAAGUACUUCAACGAUGCCGAUGCCGUGUGCAUCUCAGAUAACUACUGGCUGGGCACAGAGAAGCCAUGCCUGACCUACGGCCUCCGCGGAUGCAACUACUACUCGGUCGAGAUCUCCGGCCCCGGUGCCGACCUGCACAGCGGCGUGUUUGGCGGUACUGCGCAAGAGCCCAUGACGGACCUCGUGCGCGUGCUGGGCACGCUUGUCAACACCAACGGCGAGAUCCAAAUCCCCGGCAUCAAGGAGCAGGUGGCGCCCAUCACGGCCGACGAGGAGGGCCUCUACGACAGCAUUGCCUUCACCAUGGACACGAUCCACGAGUCCCUGGGCAGCAAGACCACCAUCCAUGACGACAAGAAGAACACACUGAUGGCUCGCUGGCGAUACCCUUCGCUCUCCAUCCACGGCGUGGAGGGAGCCUUCUCGCAGCCCGGUGCCAAGACUGUCAUCCCCGCCAAGGUCAUUGGCAAGUUCUCGAUCCGCACCGUGCCGGACAUGGACAUUGACACGACCAACGAGGCGGUCUACAAAUAUGUCAAAGAGCAGUUUGCCAAGCUUAACAGCAAGAACACGAUGAACGUGUUCGCGCAGCACUCGGGCAAGUGGUGGAAGGCCUCGCCCAAGCACUGGAACUUCUCGGCGGCCGCCAAGGCGACGGAGCGCGUCUGGGGCGUGCAGCCCGAUUUCACGCGCGAGGGCGGCAGCAUCCCCGUCACCCUGACGUUCGAGGAGGCGACGGGCAAGAACGUGCUCCUGCUGCCCAUGGGUAGCUCCACAGAUGGCGCCCACUCGAUCAACGAGAAGCUCGACAAGCGCAACUACAUUGAGGGCAUCAAGCUGCUGGGUGCGUAUCUCCACUAUGUUGCCGAGGAGCCGCAACAAUGA